UACGUGAUUGGACAAAGCUUAACCAAUCGACGGUAAGGCGCGGACGCCGUUCACAACUAGUCGAGUUGGUGAUAGUUGGACUGCUUGGACUUAUUGGUUUAAAUCUUUACUAAGUCGAUAUCAACAAUGGCAGAGUGGAACGCCUACUUCCGGAAUGAGGUUGACGGUGAAGCACAGGAGGAGGGAGAGCAACAAUAUGGAGAUUACAAGGUCACAGGUAGAGACUGCUUAGUUUUCUUGGUGGAUGCGUCAAAGGAAAUGUUCAUCAAAGGAGAAAAUGGGGAGCCAACUAAUUUUGACAUGACCAUGCAAGUGGUGCGGACCGUGUACACCCGUAAGAUCAUAAGCACUCCUGGAGAUCUUGUUGCAUUGGUUUUCUAUGGCACCAAGCAGAACCAAGAUCCAACCAACUCGUUCAAGCACGUCUACGUCUACCACAACCUCAGUGAACUCAGUGCAAAACGAGUGCAACAGGUAGACGAACUACGAGGGGAUAAGGGUGCCCUGCUGGCAGCGGAGAAAAUGGGCAGUGAUCAAACAUCUUUGUCCGACGCCCUGUGGUGUUGUGCCAAUCUGUACCGGGACUGCAGUCUACGACUGGGGAACAAACGCCUCUUCAUCUUCACUUGCAAGGAUCAACCACACGGGGGUGACAGUGUCAAAGAUCGGCAGGCUCGCACAAAAGCCAGUGACCUCAGAGAAACUGGCGUUGUCAUAGAACUCAUGCACUUGAUGAAAGCAGGCGGCUUUGACGUCUCCCUCUUUUUCCGUGACGUUGUAAGUCCGCCGGAGGACGAGAGUGAGCUGGGCCUGCAGCACGAGCCUUGUGAAAAACUGGAAGACCUCCAGAGGAGAGUGUUGGCCAAAGAGCAAAAAAAGAGAACACUAGCCAGGCUCAAUCUGUGUCUGGGUGAAGGUAUAAAUAUCGCCGUGGGAAUGUACGCCAUGGCAGUGACUACUCGGAAACCGAACGCCAUCAGGCUAUACAGGGAAACCAAUGAGCCUGUCCGCAGCAAAACACGCACCUUCGAUAAUCAAACAGGAAGCCUGCUGCUGCCCAGUGACAUAAAGAAAGCCCAGGUUUAUGGUAACAAGCAGAUCGUGAUGGAGAAAGACGAGGUAGACGCCAUCAAGAAGUUUCAUGACCCCGGUUUGUUUUUGAUCGGAUUCAAAAUCAUGGAAAAGCUCAAACUGCACCACCACAUUCGUCCCGCUGUCUUCCUCUAUCCCGAGGAGGGCGAAGUGAAAGGAAGCUCCUGCCUGUUCUCGGCACUGUUGACCAAGUGCAUCGAGAAGAACGUCUUUGCUUUGUGCCGCUGCGUUUCCCGCAGAAAUUACCCGCCUCGAUUUGUCGCCUUGGUGCCUCAACAAGAGCAGACGGACGAGAAGAAUGUACAGAUCACGCCACCAGGUUUUAAUGUUAUUUACCUGCCGUAUGCCGACGAUUUACGGAAUCUGGAUCCCCCGCGGACGCCGUCUGCGUCACCGGCACAGGUGGACAAGAUGAAGGAGAUUGUUCGUAAAAUGCGCUUUAAGUACAGGAGUGAGGCUUUUGAGAAUCCCGUCAUCCAGAAACACUACCGGAACUUGGAGGCCUUGGCUCUGGAUAUGACGGCUCCAGAGGACAUCGAAGACCUCAUCAUGCCGAAGGUGGAGCAGAUUGACGGCCGUCUGGGUUCCCUGGUCCAGGAGUUUAAAGAUUUGGUCUACCCUGCAGACUACAACCCGGAGUACAAACCAGCUGCCAAACGCAAAGCAGCAGAAGCUGGCGGUACAGCUGAGAAGAAAGCCAAAGUGGAGGUACCAGAAGAUGAAGUGAGAGCCCACAUACAGAAAGGAACUUUGGGAAAGAUGACUGUGCCAAUGCUCAAGGAGGCCUGCAAGCAGUUUGGCAUCCCGACCACUGGAACCAAGAAGCAGGAACUGAUGGAUGCUCUGAUUGACAAACUCGCCACAUAAGGCUCGAGUGGUAACAAAACUAUUGCAGCUGCCGUUUGACUUUGGAGGUAUUCGACCAAUCAUUUCAGAUGACUGAAAUUAGUUUGCAGCGUCGCUAAAAGAAGAUGAAGAAAAAAAUCGAUAUAUUGGCAUUUGUUCUAAAUUACUUCACAAACAUGUGCGAAAAUAAAACUUUGAGCUCUU